AUGGCUCCUCACGCAGUGCCACGGGCCCAGAAGCCCUCCAAGAGACGAGCACCACCCGCCAACAUCGCUGUACCGCCUUUGCUUUGGGAUCGCGAUGCCGAGUCUGACGAUGAGUACGCCAACCAAGUGAGAAACGCCGCAGGAGGCGCAUGGAAACGGGCCAUCGAUGCUGGACGCAGGUAUGCGGACUCGGCAGUAGAUCGUCGCUCAGACAGCGACAGCGACGACAAGGCGCGGAAAAAUCAACCCAAGAACCCUCCUCCCCAACAACAACAGCAACCUCCUUCAAGCCCGGACACCCCAAAAGCUGUGAGGCCUUCCAACAAUGUGGCAUCAGGAAAGUUGCCAUUGGCAACCCUCCGUCCGCCGCCCGCAUCGAUUCGUCCUCCCCCGGCGGUCGUUGCCGCACCGGCUGUGCAACCGACCCCCGUGAGAACGACACCCGCCGCCACAUCGAAACCCCCGUCUGUACAGGUUCCAGUCUAUAUUCCCGUCGAGGCACCGGAGCGUCCUCCUAGCCCGCCGCCGCCACCACCUGAAGAGCCCGCACCAGCACCAGUUCUCGCUCCGGCUGAGCCUGACCCACCACCACCUCCUCCGCCUGAACCCGAACCCCCAGCAGCGCCGCCAGCUACCAUGACUGUCACGGCGCCUCCUCGAACUGUCACCCUCAUCUCAACCAUGAAGCAACCGGAUUCGGUAAGUUUUAUCGCGCCCAGUGGGCCCCUUGCCCUGCCCCCUUUGCCAUCGGUUGAUCCCUCAGCCCCGAGGAAAGGUAUCGAUGGAGAGAAGCACUCAACGCCUACCAUCACAGCCACUCUCGCCUCAGCAGUACUCCCAGCCGAGACCAUUUCAGCGUUGCCAGGCUUGGCCAGUGGUGGCUCCAGCAAGGAUGAUGGCAGACCGCCAAGAAUGAACCCCGAGACAGAACAUGCCCUCAUUGCUGUUGGCUCAAUAGGAUCAUUCAUCUUUGCGUCAUUCCUUGUGUGGAUUGUGUGGAGGACGAUGAAGAGGGCAGGACGUAUGAGAAGGGAAAGGGAGUCUGGCUACCAAGGCGACAGGCCAGGUGGCAUCGGCUCAAAGAUUCCAUUCUUUAAGGGAUCUGGUGGAUGGGAGAACCUCGAUGGAAGACGAAGCGAACCACCUCAGUACGAAAAGGGACAGCGAGGAACACUGCGCCUGGACACGGGGUUCUAUGGCCCCGACGGCAAACCCGCCCCCUACGUUACCAACGGCACAUAUCCUGCCAACUACACAAUGUCGCCAGCUGAUAAUCGCGGCAGCCCCAUUCACCAGAGUCCCACAGGGACUAUCCCAAUGAGGAUGAACAACGUCAGCGGGCAAGGCACAUACAACAGUCAACAAAAUCCAUUCAGCAAACAACAGAGCGCUUACACGAGCCAAGUCGGCACGUAUGACAGUCAAACCGGGACUUAUAUCAGCCACGCACCCAGUGGGUCUCUUACUCACAUUAUCGGACAGUACGGCAGCCCAACAGACCCCAACCUGACAUUAAGGUCAGGCGUGGGUGCUGGUGCCUACUUCAACCAGUCUGAGCUCGCCCGCCAGCCCUCAGACGCCUAUGACCCGGCUCGACGUCAAGUCAACCGGGCUAGCGAGCUCUCAUCCAUCUCUUCUGGCUUCGGCGACGGCGACAUUAUUGUACCCGGAAUGCCUGGCAUGGUGCUCCAGCCGCCUCCCCCAGUGUCACAGUCACUGAGAGCCAGUCAGAACGGCGUCGGUCGCUUUUCGUGGGCGAGCAAGACGAACCGCGAAACAGUGUACACUGAGGCCAGCGAGGACCUUCCAGCGAGGUUCAGGACGGUUGACAGCUGGGUCAACCAACAGACCGGCCGUGUCAAGAGAGCACAAGCCAGGCCAGAGACGGAUGAAGACAUCCCGCCUGUGCCGGGUCUACCGGCCGGGACAGGCCAAAACGGCAUGCCGCCUGAACCCCAGUUUACCAUGAUGAUGCCGGACGGGGAGGUACCCCGGCGGCCGGAUUUGGGGCCGAACGCAUAG